UUUACCAAGCAUACCAAUGACAGCUUUAACGUGCGAGGUCGGGUUAUUAGCAGUGAAACAUAGUGUCGGCGUGUGUGGUUGUUUUGGUCAGAAUAGCGCGGGUUUAUGUGUAAACUACGGGAAGCAGCCUGGGUCGUUUGCUCCACCGGUUUGCCCCGUAUUAACGUUAGCUGAGUUGAAGGUGGUUCAAAGUGUGGGGGAAACUGAAUGAACGGCCGCUGGUGAGGAUGCCAAAGUCCGGUUCAGAGAGGGCAAUGUUUCCUAAUAUGCUGAGCGGUGCUGUGUUGCUGUUGAAGGAGCUCAAGGUUCAGUUGUUUACCGAUGUUAUUGUUUUAGCAUCACGAGUUGCUGCUUUCAGCCCACACAUGCGUUCACACACACACACACACACACACACACACACACUUCUCAAAGUGUGGUCGAUUAUUCCUGGAUUAAAAACACCAGCAGUGGUUGAUGUGGGCUGCUGCAGUAAAACUACAGUCUGUUUUUUAACUUUACUUAAGAGAGUGCACAAGCUGUUAAAAAUGAAUAGUAAUGGAGUGGGUAUGUGUUAAACUACUUUAUAGAUCUUAGUGAUUGACUUUUUAUAAUGUAAUGGGGAUAAGUAUGACAAAUAAAUAAAUAAAUGAUUACCAACUCACAUCUAUUUGAAUUAAUGGGACUGGAUUAAUGGUGUUUGGUUGUGGGGACAUGAAUGAUUUUUACUUCAUAUUAAAUGUUGACUUAAUACUUACUAUUUUGUUAUCAUGGUUGUGGAAAGUUGCCUCAAUUUUCAUAUCAAAUGGAUUACAUAAUUCCAAUUCAUGACAGCUAAAGUUCAAUUAAUUAGUCAAAUGAUCUUAGCCCAGUGUAGUAGUGCAAGUACAUACGUUAAUAGUUGACAUAAGCCUUUAACUUGGAGAAAGAAAAGACUUGGCUGGACCAUGUGGAUGUGGUAGGAGGGAGGGGAAGUAUAAGCAGGUUGUUAAAAGUUCAGCCGAAGUUAGAAGAGUUUUUAUUGUGACCAUUAUCUGUCGGCACUUUCUUUUCUCUCUCAGUCUUGGUUUGCUCUGUUCGACCAUCUGGAUUGUGAAGCGUAAAGUUCCAGGUGAGUCGGCUGAUUGAAGACUGGGCUCCUGUGGAUUCUGGCCAUGGAUGAAGAGUUGACGCCUUUGGACUGCCUGUUGCCCUCAGGCAAACAGAGGAUCUGUCUGAUCAUUCUGAACCAGCCUCUGGAUAAGGACUACCUACACAUCCUCUGGAGUAAAGCUCUCUUGAAGGCAUGUGCUGAUGGAGCUGCCAAUCACCUUUAUAACAUCACAGCUGAAGAUAGAGACAGCUUUCUCCCCGACUAUAUCAGUGGGGAUUUUGAUUCCAUUACCGCCGAGGUCAAAGCUUUCUUUUCAGACAAGGGUUGCAAGCUGAUAGAAACAGCCGACCAGGAUCUAACAGACUUCACCAAGUGUCUUGCCAUCAUGGUUGAGGAAAUUCAGAGACAAUCGUUACAGGUGGAUGCCAUAGUGACACUGGGCGGCCUGGCUGGCAGAUUUGACCAGACCAUGGCCUCUGUUGAGACCCUCCACCACGCUCUGUCCAUGACCCAACUCCCCCUGUUGAUCAUACAGGGGACAAGCCUGGCAUACCUACUCAGACCCCAGGGCAGCCACAGACUGGGGGUGAACACAGGCCUGGAAGGGGACUGGUGCAGCCUCAUUCCAGUAGGUGGACCCUGCCAAACAAUCACCACUGGGCUCAAAUGGAACCUGAAUAACCAGGUGCUGCAGUUUGGGAAGCUAGUGAGCACCUCCAACACCUAUGAACCUGUUGCCCCUGGAAACCCCAGGAAGUCUGUAACCGUGACAACAGACCAGCCUCUCCUCUGGAGCAUGGGUAUCCGUAAGGAUGGGAAAUGACACAGAAGAAAGUCAUCUUCUCGAUCAGUAUUUGACUAAUCAGAACAUGUGACUUCUUUUCUACAGCUGAGCUAUGGCAAAUUUACUUGUUUUAUAUGUUUCGUACGUAAAAAAAAUUAAAAACUGAACUUUAGGUUUAGUACCAUAGUGGCCAUCCUUGCUAAGGAUAUGUUUUUUUUUUUUACACUUUACACAUUUAGGUUUUAUGCAACAAUACUCACUGUACAUGAUUACAGUCAAAAUGAAUAUAUGCAUCUUAUAUCCAAGCCUUAUUCUAUAGAAACAUCUAGUUCCCUUAAUUAAAACACGUUUUAAUAGUUUUAGGAAAGGAUUUAGAAGCAGAAUUAGAGACAUUACCAUAUCAACAGUAUAUCUUCUUUUAAAUGUGUGCCGGUAUCUGCUUUGUAUCACAGCCUACAGAAUGUGCCUUUGACAACAGUGCUUCUGUUUCACUGUCCUCUUGUAGCUACCAUAUUAAGAAUAUCUCUACUAUGGAAAAGUACUUUCCAAGUAUUUGUGCCUUUUGAUGAGUUUAAUACUGUACUUGACUGAAAGUGAGAAAAGGUAAAAACCAAACUGUUUACAUGCUGUAGUGACAGCAAGGAUUUAUGGGUAGACAGGAUAAAAAUCAGUCAGUGUUUGUUUCCAUUUGUUUUAUUUACACAGUGAAAUAUAAAUGCACAGAAUGUAAAAAUGCCAUCCCUCCAGUUCCCAAUCACAUCACCAGCCCAAUAACACUUUGCACCAACGUCUCUUGUCCCGGGGUAUUGAAGUUUGUUUUUGCUUGACCAGGAUUUAACCGCCACUAGAAGAAAAACAAGAAAAACCAGUGUUAGUGAUUGGAAAAAUUGUACAUGAAGACAUUUUACUGUAAUAUUCAGUAUGAAUCUUAAGAACUACUCCCUAAAAUACAGUGAUUGUGUAUCAGUACCACAUGCUAGUGUUUUACCAUUGUAACACCAUUUUCUUUCAAAAACAGACAAUCCAACUUCUGCACUUUCGGAUACUGUAUAUUCUGACUAUUAUGACAACAGCCUGAAUUAAUGGUAUUUGAAUGUUUUAUCCUAUUGUGUAAAAAAUAAAAUCACAAAUGCUA